CAUGUCGCCAUAUUUGCUGUUUUGUGUAGAUCUUACAUCGAUCCUUUGUCUGUUUUUAUCGUUGUCAGUUUCGCCUACAAUGAAUUUCGUUCCUCAUCUGUCACUGUUAUCCGACUGAACGCAUUCCUAAUAUGUAGCGCUUCUAAAAGUUAUGGAGAUGGUGGCGAACACGCUUCACCUUGAUCAAGUUGGCCGUGUGUCUAAACGCAGUGCAUCACCGAGAAUUCUGACACAUUUCGUGGAAGGAUUUGUCAUACAAGAAAGCAACUAUCCCUUUACGUCUGGAAAUGACACAGAAGAAAUUAACCAAAACCAGUUGAAUGGAAAUCAAAAUUAUGAGAAUGGAGACAUUGAUAUGGAAGCUGGAUUUGAGGCUGAGAGCCCAUCAAGUAAUGACGAAGCUUUUAACGAUGUGUUUGUAGAAGAUUCUAACAUUGGACACUGUGAACAGUGUGGCUCCCUCACAGAAGUGAAUCAUCACCGCGGACCAAAGAGGUUCUGUUCAACUUCAUGUGCAAGAAGAUAUAGUGUAAGCUGCUCACGUAAAAUGGUAGCAUUUCAUGCUCGUAGCCAGGGUGGACGACACUCCAGUGCAAAAUCAGAUCAUAAAAAGUUGUCAUAUUCCUUACCCAUGUAUUAUGAACAACAAGCAGGUCCAUAUAUGGUGGAUGCCUCAAUUCAAGUAAAUGAGUUUGACACAGUCCACCCACUAAACUUUGACUGGACACGCAGCGAUGUGGAACCGCUGUGGUUGUAUGAACAUGUCGAAGCCGCAAAAUGGAAUGUAGAAGAAGUGGCUGCCUUCGUAAAGUCCCUGAACGGUUGCUCUGAGUAUGCGGACUCGUUCGUGUCGCAAGAGAUUGACGGACAGGCGCUGAUGCUUUUACGUGAGGAACAUAUGGUGGUCGCCAUGCACAUGAAGCUAGGUCCUGCGCUCAAAAUUGUCGCCAAUGUCAAUGCCAUGAAACGGGAAGCUCUUAAGGAACAUCAGUAAUUUUUAUUGGAUAUGCAAAACGUAUUUAUUUAACUGAGCAAAAGAUUCUCAGAGGCGAUGUCUUAUAAGAUUAAGUGAGGGUUUUUGUAGGAUAGUGUCAGUUUCCUUGCGAUUAGUGGAAGGAUGAAAAAUACUACGCUUAUUUGCCUAUAGCAAGCAUUUAUCCUGUGCUAAUUGUAUCGUAAUUGGUAUUUCUCGAGCUGAAAACCAGCAGUGGUUAGGAGUUCUAAAUUAGUAUUUAAUCAGAUAUGUGAUAGCUCGUUCACUUGCUUCCCCGUUAAUGGCCUCCAUAAGAAAAGCGAAAGUUUACGACUAGGUACAUGUAUUUCAUUUGGUGUUAUUUAUAAGAAGAGGACAUGGAUAUCAAUAGAAAAGUGUUAAUAUAAGUUUUCCCAGCUGCAUUACUAGUAUAGUUGAAGAAUCCAGCUCUUCUUUUGUUAAAAGUCGUCAGCAGUGUCCCGGCUGUGACAUUUCUUUACCGGUAGCUAUCCAUCAAAACAGAAAACAAUUGAACUAAACAGUAUGAGAAAAGCUGUAGAUAUGUAAAAUUACCUCGGAAAACCUUAGUCAUGAUUUUAAGUUAGAGACUCGCUUAAUUUCUUGAAAUUCCAAGAAUACACCACGUUGGUGUGUCGAUAGUAUCUUUCCAUAUUUCCGAGAGUAAUUUAAACUGAGAAAGUGGAAAAUAAAUAAAUAAUCGUUCGUGCUCAAUG